UAAAGCAAGAUUGAAGUAUAGCUUCCGGAGGCUGGACUGAGUGUCCUGUACCACGGUUCUACAGUUACAUAGGCGUUGACGGUUCCUGGGCGUCGUCAUGCUGCUUCUGUGCAUUUUGUGCUUGAUGGUUAGUGGGCAGGUCAACGGCAACUGGGCCGAUGGGAGCAAGGAUCCCGACCAUUCCAAUUUGGGAUUCGAUGCAGUGAAUAUGGCAUGCAACGAGGACAAAACUGCCUGUGGCGACUGCUACACCGCUCGAAGUCAUGGACUGGUAUACCUAAAUGUGUUUGAAUACACAGCGGAUCCCUACAAGGUUCAAGCGUCCAUUGAGGACGGAAUCCAAGAUUGGGACUGGACAUUUAUUCAAGAUGACCCAUCGCAAUUGUUUCGUUUCUGCAAAGAGAUCAAGGUAUCCUCAACCCCAGAGCUACCGCUGCCCAUGCGUGCCAGCCUCUGCAUUGACAAUGAUUUCAGUGGGAUCGAUGUGCCGUCCGACUGCGCAACUCCCGUAGCUACUGUCACCAUGGAUACGCACUUCGCGGAUGAAAAUAUCAAUGGUCAACAGACGCUGUAUUGUAUUCCCUCUCAGUGAUGAGCAGUGAUCUUACUACAUGGCGCCACCAAGCGAUAGGAAUAUUUAUUUGUAGUUCCCGUCGAUUUAUCGCAUAUACUGUAUCGCAGUUUAUUUCACUCCUCCUAGUGGCGUAAAUCUGUUACGGCGAGUGGGGUGGGGAAUGGAGGAGGGAUGAGACGUGACCAAAAUUUAAAAAAAAAAUGCCCAGUCGUAGCAAUUUGAAAAGCAGGGAGGGGAGGGGCUGGGCUGGACACAACAUUACACUAGGGGCGCUGUUCAUGACACAGAUGAACAUCUUUAUGUACACUCGCUGUUUUAUCAAAACGUCGCAUUUUUUACUUUUUUUCUCCAUAUUUCAGCGAUAUUGAAUAAAUUUUUGGUUUUAGAAAGUUCUAAAAAAUACCUGGAAAUACACCUUAAUGGUUUCUCAUCACGAAGAAGGGGGAGGGGGGGGGGGAGUGACUCAAUAGCCCAGCCCCACCUGGUCAACACUCACUAACGCUGACAGGGAAAAAUAAGAACUUAAAUCACAAGAGUCGUCUAAGUAUUUUAAGCAAAUAUCUAUAGAGUUCGUUUGCCACACACAAAAUUUACCCAUGUUGGCGAUGUCUACAAACGGACGUCUAGUAUUUUUUUUUCUCACGAUGCACUCCCAACAUGAUCUCCAUGGUUAACUGUUGGUGGCGCCCUAUUGCAUGAAUGGAUCCAGAAAAGUCGCAUACGUCAACGUGUCCCACUAUUGGUAUAUAGCUGGUUUUUCGAAUACCGAUCUGUUUGCUUAAUAACAGUCGAUGUAUUUUGAAGUAAUUUUUUUUUAGUAUUUCAAAUAAAUAUUUCACGAUAUGUUAACACUUCAUUGCGUUUCACGAUAUAUUAACAAUUCAAUGCGCUUAUGUUUGUUAGAACAAAGUAUUUUUCCCUUGUGGCAUAAAGCUGAGUUUGAUCUCGAUUCAUGCCUUGUGGGAAUUUUUUUCAGCAUUUUAUUUAUUAAUU